CUAUCACGUGGUCUUCCACCAGGGCCCGCCUCCUCUCACGUCACACGACGCCAUGGUUACGCUUUCUUGGGUUUGUUGGUUCGGUUUAAAACGAAUUGUUGUGUACAUAUGAUUGAAAAACAGUUAAAUAGUAAAUUCUGAAUUAGUAACUCAAUGACACAAUUAAAAUGGCGGAUAACUGCAUUGCAUGCAUGAUCAAAAGUCCAGUCGCACUACAGAGUGGGGAUUUGAAAACAGAUUCUGCAAAGCCUGGUGUGUUUGUAAUUGAGAUUAAGAAAAUCACAUUUAAGAAUUAUUAUACUGCUUUCUUAACAAUACGCCUUCAACAACGAGUGUCUGUAGCAUCUGACAAAACUCAGCUGAAGUGGAAAACUUCCUUACGCAACAUGUGCCUGAUGCCCAAUCCUCACACUGAGAGUGGAUCGCAAGAAUACUUUUCCAUCUACAGACAUCAGAUGCUAUUUGAACCAAAUGAUGUAAUGACCAUGCGGCUGAUCCUCCGACAGCCAUCUCCAGUCUGGCUGAAUUUUACAUUGGAAGAUAUCAAAGUAUAUGAAUGCAAUCACAACAAGGAUAAAGAACAGGGACCAUGGCUUUCUAAGCUUACUCCGCUGGAACAACCUUUGAACUUGUUUGAAGGAUUACCAGAUCCAGACGCAGUAGCUUCUAGUGUGCAGCAGAUGUGGGUUUUAACCGAAAUAGUCCAGAGCAAUUCAACCACUGCCCGUGUGGGCCGCUUUGAUGUGGAUGGUUCCUAUGAUGUCAGCACGUUAUCCUACAUCUGAGCAGUUCUUCCAUCUGUGCUGUUCCCUCUGUAAGGACCACAGCAUUGACAGCACCUUGAUUUGUGACUGUAUGCAGGUCUGAAUGCCAAGUUGUUCAUGCCUCAACCGGAAAUUGAACUGAAACCUGAACUGAGUUCAUUUCACAGUAUUGCUGUAAUAACUCCACUAUUGUUUUACAUGUACAAAGUUAAUAAAUGUCUCAUUGUAAAUGUACACUAUUGUAAAUAGAACAGUUGUUAAGGUAUGUAUUAUUUUUCAUUUUGGUUGGACCCGAUUGCUAGAGCUAUGAAUGUUCACCUCAAUUGCGAAUUUAAUUAUCAAAACUAGACAACGGGGUGACCCGUUGGGGCACCCUUUGAGAGAAGGGUUAUGCAGUCUGAUGUGACCAGAAUGAACAUAAAAUUUUCCUGAAUGCUAUUGGUAUCGCUUUGCUUUGGAAACUGAAGUAGAAAACCUCAGUUUAUUAAAGAAGAACGACACGUAUCAAAGCAAAUAUAGCUGCUUCUCAUUUAACAAAGGACACUUUUGAUGGCAUCAUUUCUGGUUUAUCUGCCACUCUUGUGCCUCUUGUUGUCAUUCUGGAGAUGUGCAGCCCUUUCAUCCCCCAUCUCUUCAUCUGUUCUGCUGUUUGUUGUUUGUCUCUGAUCCUGGAGACAUGCAUGCCUCUCCUCCUCUGUCUCUUCUUCUCUCAUCUUCUUUUGUCCUGACUUUUUGAUCCUGGAGUCAUGCGGCCCAGGCCUCAUCUGAUUCUUGUUCUCUCCCUCUCCUUGCCGCUUUCCGACGACGUUUGGCGUCAUCUCUUGACCAUAAUGUCCCCCUUCCCUUUCCAUGCGGCAUAAUUAGGCUGACCUUUUACCCUAAUGCUGGAUAGAAGAUACGAAGCACUAACACCAAAGGAUGCUGAUUAUUCUUGAUGAUGUGGUUGGCGCUCUUCUAAAUGGACGUGAUAUAGUCACCGCUGUCCUUUGACUGCAGCAAAGGGUUUUAUGGGUGUCUCAAAGUACGUCAUUACAAUAAGAGUUAAUUAUCUCAUUGAUGGGUGGCAGUUAGAUCUGUCCCAAUCCUGCACAUGCUGAUGGUGAUUAGCAGAAUGUGAUCCCUCGAAAUAGAGCUGCCCUGCCUUUUUGCUCUGGUAGGUGUCACUGCUGAGGCUGGCCGUGCGCAUGUGUCAGGCUGUCAUGUCCCGAUUUCCAUGAUGGUGGGUUAAAAGGGAGCCUGUUGAUUUUUGUGAAUGAGCAAUUUUAUACGAAUACAUAACCCUGAACUUUGCCUGCAUUCUGUAAGCUAGCGCAUUUUAAUUCGAUUUAGCCAAAAAAAGUGCUGGUAAUGCACCUUUUGCGCUAAUUGGAGGUCACAAACAGACAGACAGAGCAUGAGAGUUUUAGUAGUAUAUGGAUAAACUUUUCAAACCAUUCAUUGCAAAAAUAUUUGAGGAUGCAUCAACUUGUUACAGCCAGAAUAAGUGGCACCACUUGUGGACUGCCCGCAGCUCAUCCUUGUCUGAGUUGCUUGUUAACACAAAUGACACAUUUCACUGCAUGUACAUGUGAUUUAAAAACUGUAUAUAUAUAAAUCUGAAUCUAAAGAGUGGAUGGUAUACAGAUAAAACAUUAGUUUUAAUCUCCCAUCAAGUAACUUUCAAAAGUAGGAAGCAAAAAUAACUAAAAGAAAAUCUGGGGAAGACUGACCAAGUGAGAGUAUAAAAACAGAAAACAAAGUAGUAGUGAAUAAUCUUCCACUGUAUCUCAUCUUUGCGCAAUGCUGCAACAGGAUUGCCUGAAUACUAAACUGUAAAAGAAAUGUUUAAUUCUGUGUUUCACUAAUGUAAUAUUUACUCCAUUUUUUCAAUGGAGAAUACUGAUAAGGUCAGUCCAAUAAUUUCAUCCUCAACACAUUUUGGAUUGUUAGUUGAUUCCAAGUUAUUGUUUAUUUGGAUAGCAUGUUGGGCUAAGUUCAUAACUUACAGUGAACUCAGCAUAACUACAGUAUGCACUACUAGCUUCAGUAAUAGAAAACUAGUCGGUGUCUAAGAGAAGUAGGCUUAAGGGGAAAAUGAUGAUUAUUAUCGCAACAUGUUAAGGUUUGAGACAAAAUUUAAGUACGCAAGUUGUCACAGCAUAGAUUUUAAGAAUAUGUGAAAGGAGGGGAUAAAUAAAAUAGAAGAUUUUGGAUAUAAAGUGAG